AUGCGAAAGCUUUUUAAAAGGUGCAUGGGGACCUUGUGCACAGUUAAUCCACAUGAGAAUAGCACAGGACAACACUUACGUCUCUUGAAGUUCCCCGGCUCGGUCAUAUAUGUACAUGAUGAAAAUGUGCAUAAGUAUGAAAAGGGUAUAAUGCAGUACCUGGGUACGGACAUUAUUGGGUUUGACACGGAGUUCGUUUUGGAACUAAGUGAAGGUCGUUUGAACCAUGUGGACAGCGGGAAGGUUCCCCACAGAGCUCAACCACUCAGGGACGCCAUCCGCAGCAAGGGGAUGCAAAGUAACAUGUUGUCAUACGUAUCCCUACACAGAGUAGAUAGUAGGAAGGAGAAUAAAUUGAAAGGGUUCACGGCAUUGUCAACAGAAGGUAAUUUAUUAAAGAGAGUACACAGGAAUAACUACCCACCAUGCAGUCAGCAGAAAACGCUGUGCCUCAUUCAGCUGAGCUCGAAAAAUUUGUGUUUCGUCUUUAACAUUAACAAACUGGAGGGGAAAAUUCCCAUGUGCGUGAAGGAAAUUAUGGAGGAUGCGAAAAUAAGAAAAGUGUGCCAUGACAUUCGAAAUGACAAAGACAUGUUCCAAGACCAACAUAUUCAAAUAAGGAACACGUUCGAUUUAUAUGAUUUUUGCAUGCAGAAUUUUUUGUACCCUCCUUCAUUACAAUUCUUAGUUAAAUUAUUUCUUAAAAAGAAUUUAGAAAAACGUUUUCGCUUGUCUAAUUGGUUAAGUGAUGACUUGAAGGAAGAGCAAAUUCUGUAUGCUGCUGCCGACGCCUAUGCGUCCAGGGAGGUCUACAUGGUUUUAAAGGAACUGGGCAAGCUCAACGAGUCGUGUGUGUCGAAUGACUCGUGUCGUGUGACUUCACACGGGAGGACUACAGCAUCCGCAGCUGUGAUGGAUCCCCAUCUGAUGACUCCAAUCGAUAAGGAGGAAAAGACAAGUGACGCCAAAAAGCUUCAUGGUGAGACCCCUCAAGAGGGAGAAAGUAAAAAUAAUGUUUUGUCAGCGGAGGCGAAGCAAAGUAGUAACACCCAAAUAGUACAUGAAACGAAAGGGCACACUGCCGCAAUGCACAACUCUGUCACUACGAUUCAGCAGAAUGACACUACGCAGGGGCGAUAUUCCACGGGGAUGGAAAAACAAACGUAUGCAUUUUUUGGAAGACACGAAUUAAGCACUAUUCAUGAGUUAAAAAAUAAAAUUCAAGUGAAAUGCGCCAAACUUUGUAACAUAUCCUUUGUUGAAGAAAUGGUGUUUGCAGACAAUGGCUAUAAGAAUCGGAUGUCCUUGCAGGACGUGGAGAGAGGCAGGUGCCUCAUCGUGUUGCAUUCGCAGGGCUUCCAUGAGGAAGUCAGGUGCUGCCAAGAAAUACUCACUUAUAUGGACAGCGUGGCGUAG